GCUGACCGCGCAAUGGUGACGCGUGAGAGAAGCAGACUGGACACGCGCCGAGCGGCGCGGGCGUGACGUCACUAGACGGAGGAGGCGUGGCCGGGCAGGGGCGGCUUCCUAGGUCGCUCGCAGCGCAGGCCUUCUUUGUAGCCCUGGCAAGUUAGAGGUACAAAAGCUGCGCUGGCCUCCGCCCCCUAUCCCUCUGCCCUCAGCCCACCCUACUGUAUUUGAUCAUCGCUUUGACGGAACCCAAAGCACCUUAAUCGACGGAGGUGGGCGGAGCCUUUGGGUCCGGGGAGCAGCGCGCGUGCGCCCAACGCUGGCCGCGCUCCGGAAGGACACUCCUAGUCGGGCCUGCCCGGAGGAAGCGCUCCGGCCCCGGAGGGCGGGGUAGCGGCGCCGCAGGUCGCCAUGGCUACCGAGCCCGAGGCCACGGAACCGGCUGUGCCGUCGCUCGUGGAUCGUUACUUCACGCGCUGGUACAAAGCGGAUGUCAAAGGAAAACACUGUGAGGACCACUGUAUAUUACAGCACUCUAACCGAAUAUGUGUCAUCACAUUGGCAAGAUCUCAUCCAGUUCUUCAAAGUGGAAAAACAAUUAAAAGCAUUUCCUAUCAGAUCAGUACUAAUUGUAGCAGACUUCAGAACAAGGUCUCUGGAAAAUUUAAACGGGGGGCACAGUUCCUAACAGAACUUGCACCUCUAUGUAAGAUUUACUGUUCAGAUGGAGAAGAAUAUACCAUAUCUAGCUGUGUUAGAGGACGGUUGAUGGAAGUGAAUGAAAACAUUCUCCAUAACCCGUCUCUUCUUCAAGAAAAGCCAUCCACUGAAGGCUACAUUGCAGUUGUGUUACCCAAAUUUGAAGAAAGUAAAAGCAUAACAGAAGGCUUACUGACACAAAAACAAUAUGAAGAAGUUGUAAUGAAACGCGUUAGUGCCACAACAGCUAUGUCGUGAGGAUGGAGUAAAAAGCAACUCGGGAUUCUUAUCCUUACCAGGCCUAAACCAUCAGUGCACUAAAGAAGAAACAGUACAUGUGCAGUAUACGUCACACCCAGCUGUCCACAGUGGAGGCCUGAUCCUUCACGUAACCUAGUCUUCCCUCUUCGUCCUGCAUAACAAACCUUGGUUCCCAUUUGCCUUCCACCUCCCAGGUCUGCCCUGCCAAUGUCCACACUCUGUUAUUCUCUUGCUUCUCUCUAACAACUGGCAAGCAAGGGAUGAUUUUAUGACUAAAACCAAACAAACACAGCUCUUUGAGAAAAAUUGGAAAACACAGAAAAGUUUUAAGUGGCCAAGUAAAAAUAAAUUACCCAUCAUCCUAUAAACUGAAAGUAAAUACAACGAGGGUACUUCACAAAGUUCAUGGAAAAAUAGAAUUAAAAGAUAAUAUGAAUCUUUCCAUGAACUUUGUGAAGUCCCCUCAUACAUUUUGACAUACUUCUGUUUGAACAUUAUGGCAUGAUUAUGAUUUUUUGCCUCGAUUUUCUAUGAGUUUGAAGUUUAAAAAAAAGCUAACUGGCUUUUCUUUACCAUUCUGCUUCAGUGUGACACUACCGAAAAGCCAAGUCCCACCCUUCUGCCUCAACUCCUCUCCCUAUAGGUUGCAGGGAAAAGGCAGGCAUGUAGAGUGUACCUUCUCCUCCUUAUGCCAAUGGGAUGGCCUUCCCCUCUGAAACAAAGUAGAACUGUCAUGCUGUGACUUCUUAAAUGAAGGACACAUGAAAAGGCUUUGAAAAAUACAAAGGGCUUUCUUAGCAAAUGGAAAUAUAAUGCUUUGUUGAGCUGGUUUUUGCAAUAUGUACACUGUAGUCACUCAGUCUCACACAGUCUAGUUACAGGUAACCAACAAAGAAGUUACUGAGAAUACAUUAUUCAAAGGCACAGAUGCCUUUGAAUGGAACAAAGGCUUUCACAUCAUUUAAACUAAAAUAUAUAUAUAUGAGUGAAUUUAUGGUUUAAGAUUGGAUACGUAUUUACAUUGAAUUUCAAAUAAAAUUACUUUAAAACUU